AUGGUCCUCAGUCCGGCCCAAAAACGUCAGAGCACCGACUCAGCAGCAGCCGAGGCCUCUGCGGGUGUUGAGGAUGGCAGUCAGACGAAACGACGGCGAACUGGUGGGUAUCACAACCCUCAAGUCUUCGGCAUAAGUCAACGACAGUGGCGACAGAAGUCCUAUCGAGAUCUAUGCUCUGUUGUACUGCGGUGGAUGCGGUCGAAAGAUCGGAAUCAAUUCUUCUAUUUCCCGGUGGAUGUCAAUGAGGUGCCGACGUAUAGGGAUAUCAUAAAGAACCCUAUGAGUUUCGACCUGAUGGAGGCGCGUGCGUCUAAGAAGGCCUAUAAGACGCUUGACGAUGUUCAGAAGGACUUCAAGCUUAUAUGCGAAAAUGCUAUGAAAUUCAACCCCGAAGGUUCGAUAUGGUAUAGAGCGGCUGAGAAACUGCAAGGUGAUGGGGAGAAGCAAUUCGAUCUGGCCCAACUGCAUGGUCUGAGGCUCCCUGACGCUGAAUCGGCGAUAGGGCCGACAACAACGAGUCGAACUGGCUCGAGGAGAUCGUAUACUAGGAAGGAUCAUGGUAUUACGGGUGGCUUGGUUAUGGACUUCAGUAUGGCAAGCCAAAUGCAUCGUAAUACUGCAGACAUAGAUAGGAUACCGCCUGGUAUUAGAAAUGCUAUGUCUGGCAUUGAGUAUAGUGGUAGCCCACUGAACAUGACCAAGGACCUCCUAGAGGCGUAUGCUAACGUAGUCGAGGAGAAUAGGUUCUCCAACAGAGGUGCUCCCAAUAUGCUUCUCCGUGUUGGACCUGAUACCAACUUUUCCGCAAAUCAUGCCAAGACGGCAGGGUCGGUACUUCCGGGCGAGCUUGAACCAGAGAAGGCAGAGAAGAGCAUAAGGCGUUUCCUUGAUGGUAUCGAGGGGUUGCCUGAGGGCUUAGUCGAACGGCAUGUGCGUAACCGUCUGGAUGGGUGUAGGAGUGUUGUGGCGCCCUUGAACGAUUGUCGAGUGUUUGGCUUGGACACGGAUGACUUUGUAGCGUUUAAUGGUACGCUGAGGGUCGAAAGAGAGUUCACUGGCUAUAUAUUGGGCGUUGGGUAUGAGAAUGCUAUGCAAGCUGCUGGUCUGAGCGAUGUUGGUGUUGAUACUGCACCGUUGAAGGAGAUGGCUCAACGACACAGGGCUGCGAGGGAGAAGCAACUGCAGGGUAUCAGAGGACAUGAAUCUGCUACUGGGGCGGCGAGGUCGGCAUCUAUCGGGGGAUCAAGACAACCGUAUCUUACUCCUGCUACCACAUCUUGGUCAACACGGUAUAAUCAGAAUAUAGGGAGACCGGCAGUAGCUACUACACCGUACAACCAGGCGGCUCAGUGGGCGGCUCUGAAUCAGGCCAACAGGACGGCUCAUCUUAGGGCUCAGCAGCAGCAGGCAUCUGUACUAACACGGUCUGGGGUUCCCGGUUCUGGACAGGGUGCUUUUCCUUACCGAACGGGCAUGCAGUCGAUGUUCAAUACCACUCCUUCUCUAACUCCUGGUUUGGUAGCACCCCCUCCAGGUAGUGCAUUGGCAGAGUUCCAACAGCGGUUAGCUAGUGCUAGCCCAGAGCAACGACAGAUGCUCCUCCGCAGUUUGGGCGAGGCGGCACAACGUCACCAAGCUGCAGGUGGUAAGACUAGUUGAAUACGUACUGCGAGAGUGUGCUUCGCUCCGCUGAUAGUUACCGAUUAUUUGUA